CCUCUCGCGAGAACCGGAAGUGCGCGCCUCCGUUCUCUUACUUUUUAAGAAUGUAACAAUUGUAUCGACUUUUAAAGAAUGUGUCAAUGAAUUGGCUCGAAUGAAUGGAAUAAGUACUUUUAAUCGAAACUCGUUCUGACUAUCGUCUGUUCCUCUUUCAUUCAGCAAGUGAAUAAUUGGCAAAUCUCUCUCCGCUCGAAAAUGUGGAAAGGCAUACGGCCUUUCGUAGCUAUGGUGAUUACAGCCGGCUUGUCAAUAAUAGCCGGUUACACUUUCUAUGUCUUGAAGCGACGAAGUCGCGAUGAUAAGAAAGCAGACGAAACAUGUUCUCUGCCUGAGAAAGAAACCAGCGACGAGCCUAUCGAGAAGGAAGUUGAAGUUGAUGAUGGCGACUCGGUGACCACUGUUAACAAGCAACUGCAAUCUGAAGAACAAAUAAAACAAAAUGCCAGUGUAAAGACUACCAGAAUAGAUGAUCACAAUAAAAAAAGAGUAUUAGUGCUUGGUGUUGAAAAAGCUGGAAAGACAACAUUUAUCUCAGCCAUGAGUAAUCAACUGAGCUCAGAAAAAUAUGUUCCAACACAGGGGUUUUCUGUUGUGACAACUUCAGUUGGAGAAAAAGCUCUCAAUUUUUGGGAAGUUGGUGGUGCACCAAACCUUCGACCACACUGGGGCCGUUACAUUGAUGGAACAAAUCUUUUGCUUUAUGUUAUUGAUUCAACUGAUGCUAAACUUGUAGACCUUGCUAAAGAUGAGCUGAAUAAACUUGUCAAAGCCAACCAGUAUUUGGAUACUAUUCCAUGGUUAAUUAUUGCCAGUAAACAGGAUUUGCUUGGAGCUAUGAGUCCUGACGAAAUCCGAGAAUUGUUAAACAUACCACAAGUACCAAAACAGCCUGAAAAAAUAGUAAUUGGAAUGGAACUUCCCGCUAAAGGUUUGAAGAAGGGCAUUUCCAAAGUGAAGAGCUUUCUAACUGAAACAGCAUUUUAGCUUGAGGUACAUUUAGAAAGAAUAAUAGAAAGUGUAGCAUAGUUUAUUUAAAGAAACUUCUACUUCACUUCUGCCCACAGUAUCACCAAUUGUAAAUAUCAAGAUAGUAUUUUGUUUGAAAUUGUUACUAUUUUGAUGAAUUCUGCAUAUCAUUCUCUAUUUUUAUCAUCGUUUUUCACAGCAACUUUAUUUACAAUGUUGCCACUUGUUUAUCCAGUAGAAUAUACAACAACUGGCUAGUGUUUAGCUUAUAUUUAUGAUAAAAUAAAUUAUUAUCCCUAUACCAAAGAAAAGAAAUGUCAGGCCCUCCAAAUUGGAACUUUAUCCAAUAUAAAAUUUUCUAUAAAAGAUCUGAUACGCAGCUUCGACUGCAUUUUAUGUAUUAAAGUAAGGUGACCUUCAUGUUUUUGUGAUCAUCUGUAUUUAUUUUUCAUACCACGUAUAAUUCAAACCGUUUCCUACAAUAUUUUGAAAAUAUUGUGAAGGUAAUCCAACCUAUUGCAUUUCAGUGACUUUCGUUGUAACUUUAAGAAAUUAAAAUGAAAUAAAAUUAAUGUAUUUUGUCAGUUCAAUCAGUUCAAAAAAUCAUGUUAUUAUGGAUAACUGGACAGUUAACUUUAGAUUAUUUUGUUACUUAAUACUUAUUAUAAAAUUGAAAUUAUUUAUUAUGAAUUGAUUUCCUUUACAUCUGCAAAUUUGAUUUGUAUCAUCUGUUAAAUUGAAUGUUUUUUUUUGUCAAAUAACUAAUUGUUUUCCUACCAUUUAUUUAGUUUUUUUUUUUCUUUUAGUUUAUUCAUAUUUUUUCUUAAGUUUUGCUAAUUAGAAGCCGUAAUUUCAGAUACAGGGAAUAGUCCUGAAAACGUAAAUUGCAUUCCAAAAUAUGCUUCUCACCAUUACAAAUUUAUAACUUGUUUUUAGUACAAGUUUAUCCUUUCUAAACACAGUGGGUCAUUGUGGCCUUAUCUGUAAAUACAAGGUUUUUUCUUUAUUUUCAUUUAAAUUGCCUUUUUAUAUUUAUAUAUUUUUCAUUUUUCUGUCUUAAGUAUGAAGGAGUUUCUUUUUAUAUUUAAAUAAAUCAAUACUGUUGCAAUGAGAAAUUAUAUUUAUAAUCAAAUAUUUUGCGUUUUUUAUAAACUAGUUUAUUAUUCCACCUCUGAUAAACAUGAUUAAAAAAAAAAA